GAGGAAGAAGAAAGAGAAGCAGAGAUCUCUCCUUCAUCCCUCCAUCCUCUCCUCCAUCACCGGAUCUUCUAGGAGCCGCUGCGCGUGCCCGCUGCGCGUCCCCGCCAGUUACGGAUCGACUUCCUGUCGGAGACCAAAGCUGAUUCUGAUUGGACGAUGGAGAAGCUGCAGGUUCUGCUGGUCCUGGUCUCCACGGUGAUGAUGGAACCAGCUGGUGGUGGAGAUGUCUGCGUAUCGGGUCACGACUCUGGUCCGGUGUUUGAGGAGCAGCCCAGAGGACUAAUUUACCCCGAGGGCUUGACUGAAGGCAAAGUGACGCUGAGCUGCCAAGCUAGAGCUAGCCCUGCUGCUGCAUACAGGUGGCUGCUGAACGGCACCGAGGUGCCGCUGGGCUCGGACCGGUACCAGCUGGUAGCCGGGUCUCUGGUGGUGUCGAACCCCCAACCGGACCGGGACGCCGGGUCGUACCAGUGUCUGGCCCAGAACCGGUGCGGAGCCGUGAUCAGCAGGAAGGCCAACCUGAAGUUCGGAUACCUCCAUGACUUUUCUCCCGACAGCCGGAGUCCCAAGACGGCGUACGAGGGAGUGGGAACUUUCCUGGCCUGCCAGCCCCCCCCACAUUACCCAGCCCUCUCCUACCGCUGGCUGAUCAACGACUUCCCCAACUUCAUCAAGAAGGACGACAGUCGCUGGUUCGUUUCCCAGGUGACGGGGAACCUUUACCUGGCUAGCGCCACGGCUAACGACACGGGCAACUACUACUGUUUCACCACAAUCAACCUGGACAUCAGCACCAAGAGCACCUUCAGCAAGGCAGUCCCGCUGACGGUGCUACCGGACGCCAACCCCAGGAAAUCUGUCCCGACCAUCAAAGUUCGAUUCCCAGCAGAAACUUAUGCCCUCGCCGGAAACACGGCCCAGCUGGAGUGCUACGCUUACGGGAAUCCCGUCCCCAAGAUCCGCUGGAGGAAGAUCGAGGGUUUGAUGCCGUCCAAAGCCGGUUCCUCGGUCCAGGGUCCGACCCUCGUCCUGCCGGACCUGAACUUUGAUGACGAGGGAAUCUACGAGUGUGAAGCUUAUAACUCUGAGGGCAGCGACAUGACGCAGGGACGCAUCAACGUACAAGCCCAGCCCUCGUGGCUGCAGGUCAUGAGCGACUCUGAGGUGGAGAUCAGCUCCGACCUCCACUGGAGCUGUCUGGCCGCCGGGAAACCCCGCCCCUCCGUCCGCUGGCUGAGAGACGGACAGCCAAUCAGCAGCCAGGACCGGCUGGAGGCGACCUCCGUCCACCUCCGGAUCAAUAAUCUGGCCCUGGAGGAUUCUGGGAUGUUCCAGUGCGUCGCUGAGAACAAACACGGAACCAUCUACUCGUCGGCCGAGCUCCGGGUCCAAGUCCAGGCUCCAGAUUUCCGCUUGAAUCCGGUCAGGAAGUUGAUCCCGGCGGCCCGGGGCGGCCGGGUGAAGAUGGAGUGUCGUCCUCGCGCCGCGCCGAAGCCAAGCUUGUUCUGGAGCCGCGGGACCGAGUUGCUCAUUAACAGCAGCAGGAUCACGGUGACUCCAGACGGGAUUCUGUGGAUCAGCAACAUCAGCAGAUCUGACGAAGGAAAAUACACGUGUUUCGCUGAGAAUUACCUGGGGAAGGCUAACAGCACUGCGCACCUGUCAAUCAGAGACGCCACCAAGAUCACUCUGGCUCCGUCCAACGCCGACGUGAACCAGGGGGAGAACGUGACGCUGCAGUGCCGAGCGUCGCACGACCCGACCAUGGACCUGAGCUUCAGCUGGGCCCUGAACGGGGCCCCCCUGGACCUGGGGGCCCCUGGGGGCCCUGGAGGCCCUGGGGGCCCCGCAGGGCCGUACCAACGGGUUCCCGGGAAGGAAACGGUGGGGGAUCUCCAGAUCUCCAGGGCUCAGCUCCACCAGGCAGGAACCUUCACCUGUACGGCUCAGACCGUCGUGGACUCGGCGUCGGCUUCCGCCAAGCUGCUGGUCCGAGGUCCUCCAGGACCUCCUGGAGGUCUCCUCCUGAGGAACGUGGCGGAGACGUCCCUGGAGCUCCGCUGGAGUCGAGGGUUCGACAACCACAGUCCCAUCGGCCGAUACGUCGUCCUGGGAAGAUCUUCUUCUUCUUCUUCGUCUCCGGGGGAGUGGAGGAAGAUGAGGACAGACCCGUCCUCCAUCGAGGGAAACGCUGAGUCGGCCCGGGUCGUGGGUCUGACUCCCUGGAUGGACUACCAGUUCCAGGUGGUGGCUAGCAACAUCCUGGGUAGUGGAGAAGCUAGCGUAGCCUCCAGCACCGUCAGGACUCUGGCUGCAGCUCCCAGCGUGGCCCCCAGCGGUCUGGGGGGAGGUGGGGGGGACCGACACGAGCUGAUCGUCACCUGGACGCCCAUGGCCAGGGAGUACCAGAACGGCGACGGCUUCGGCUACAUCCUGGCGUUCCGGAGGACGAGCUCGUCUUCCUGGAUGGAGGUCAGGAUUCCCAACGUGGAAUCUUCUCGAUACGUUUACUCCAACGAGAGUCUGGCGCCGUUCAGCCCGUUCCACGUGAAGAUCCGGGCCUUUAACCGGCGAGGAGAAGGCCCGUCCAGCCAGACGGUGGAGGUCCGAUCUGCAGAGGACGAACCCACCGUCGGGCCCUCAAACAUCAACGCUACGGCCCUGUCGGCCUCCGAGGUUCUGGUCUGCUGGGAACCGGUUCAGGGGGGAACCAACGGAGUCCUGAGAGGAUACGAGAUCCGGUUCUGGCGGCAGCACGAGCGUCCGGCGGCCGCCGACCGCGUCAGGACGUUGGGACUCGAACCGUCGGCGCGCGUGUCAGGCCUGCGGCCCAGCAGCAGCUACCACCUAGCGGUGCUAGCCUACAACAGCGCCGGCACCGGGCCGCCGUCGCCGCGGGCAACGGUCACCACCAGGAAACCACCUCCCAAUCGUCCUCCAGGAAACGUGUCCUGGAGAAUUCAGGGUUCCAUGGUGACGCUGCGCUGGGACCCGCUAGCGGCGCUGCACAACGAGUCAGCGGUUCUGGGAUACAAGGUUCUGUACAAACACGAGGACCAGACGGCGCUGAAGCUGCUGGACCGGACCAGAACCUCCGUUAUGCUCCCGCUCCCUGAAGACGGCUACGCGGUUCUGGAGGUCCGGACCUGGGGGGACGGUGGAGACGGACCGUCGUACCAGGUCAUCGUGUCCCGGGACUCGGGAACCGGGAUGAUGGUCCAGAAAGACUCGGCCUCCAAACCGUCGCUGCCGCUCGGCUUUGUUAGCUUGAUGCUGCUAACGCUGGCGUUGGGGUCACAUUUUUGACCCCAGGACGACCCCAGGACGACCCCAGGACGCCCAACCACCGGCCCCAGGACGACCCCAGGACGACCCCAGGACGACCCCAGGACGCCCAACCACCGACCCCAGGACGACCCCAGGACCGACCCCAGGACGACCCCAGGCCUCGUUAGCCUGAUGCUACUAACGCUGGCGUUGGGGUCACAUGUUUGACCCCAGGACGACCCCAGGACGACCCCAGGCCUCGUUAGCCUGAUGCUACUAACGCUGGCGUUGGGGUCACAUGUUUGACCCCAGGACGACCCCAGGACCGACCCCAGGACGACCCCAGGACGUGUGGGUUUUCGGGGGAAUGAGAGUCUUCUGGACUGAUUACUUCUCAACAGUAACGACGUAUUUAAAAGCUUCACAUGUGAUCCAUCAAAUACUCACACUUUUUUCACGAUAAAAAAAACUAAA